AUGGCCAACAUUGAGCAACAUUUCAAUCAGCGCGCGCAGCCGGACUUCUACAUUAAGACGAUCGGCAAGACACUGGAAGCGCACUGCGACGUACUGUGUGUGAAGUCGCGCUGGUUCGCACAGCAGUACCGCGAACGCUUCGAGCCGAGCAAGGUGAAGACUGCGCUCGCCAAGAACCCUUUCAAGCGCGCCGCAACCCCCUCGUCUACCCCGAAGGUCAUCGAUUGCUCCGACAACCCAAUCCUCCCAUUCCAGGCGUUCUUCAACUGGUGCUACACCGGCACUUACACCUACCCCGAGAAUGACGAUACACGCUUCAUCUUCGAUCGCGAGGUGUACCAGAUCGCCCUGCGCUUCGACGUGCCGGAUCUCAUGACUCUGUCCUUUGAGCGCUUCCAGUCUUCGCUCGCCGCGCCGAACGCGUGGACCGACCAAUCCUUCCGCAACCUCCUCUUCACCCAAUGGCAAGGUGAAGCCGCCUCAACUGAGCCCAAGGCGCUCAAAGCUCUCUCAGCGCAACUGGUGAAGAUACACAUCGACGACCCAUUGGCUGUUGGCAGCGCUCGGAGACUGAAGGAUGUCUACAAGGCACUUCCGACACUCCAGGAUUUCAUCGGCGACACUGCUUCCAAGGGCUCUUCCGGAAGAUCAGGAAACCCGUUCUGGUCGAGGAGCGACCCUUCUGCUCGGAGCUCACGGCAGUCAGGCUAUGCUGGUUCGGGGAAAGACUCGACUCAAGGCGCGACCAACCGCAAGCCAAAGUACGAGACGUACAGCGUCCACCUUCGACCGAACAAGACAGCCUGUCAUGAAGCUCGAUCUGAACGACGAGGAGCCAUCUUGGAGGUGGAGGAGGAAACGAACGAGCAAUGGCCGGUGCCCGGAGUCGGAACGUGGGCUCAGUCAUGGUGCGAGAAGCCUGGUGAGACUCAGGCUGGUGAGACUCAGGCUGGUGAGACUCAGGCUGGUGAGACUCAGGCUGGUGAGACUCAGGCUGGUGAGACUCAGGCUGGUGGUGAGCAGGCUGGUGGUGAGCAGGCUGGCUUCGUUCCCGAUGCUGGCGCUGCUGGCAACAGUUGGUGGUGA